AUUUAAAUUAGGGUUUUAUUUUAACAACUUCGUCUUCUCCACACACUGUUCUCUCUCUGGUGGUCACUGUGCUCCGCUUUGUUCCCUCUCCAACAACAACCUCGGAAAUCUUCCACUGCGUUUCGUUCUCUUCUCCACGACUUGACGAUCUUAGAAUAUUUCAGUUUUGUUGACGGCCUUAACUAGAGGAAUGAGUAAAAGAAAACGUCCGGACCCGAAAUCACCAGCUGGUGCAUUGAACGAACACGAGAGAAAGCUCUACGAGGUGAUUCAGGCCAAGCAAGACAUGGGCGCGAGUAAAUUCGAGCUCAAAACUGCUACCGGCAUUCUAGACAACAUCGUGACAAGAUCGCUUAAUUCUCUCAAGACCAAGAACCUUAUCAAGGAGGUCCAAAACAUCAACAACAAGGGGUUCAAGCACUUUAUGGCCGUAGAGUUCGAGCCCUCGAAGGAGAUCACGGGCGGGGACUGGUACACCGAUGGGAAUCUAAACAUGACUUUCAUAGAAAACCUUAAGGAGAUUUGCGUGAAACUGCUAAAAAGGCCUCGCACAAAGGUGAUGACUUUGGAGGGUAUGUGGAAAGAUAUUAGCAAGGCUACUCCAGUUAGCGAGAAACAGAUCGAGGAGAUACUUGAGAACUUGUUGUUGGAUAACGAAGUUAUGAAGGUGAUGAGUAACGGGUUGGAAGAUUUCGCUGUUGCGGGAAUAGCUAUAGGGAAGGUUUGUUACAAGUUAACUAGGAAACAUGGCGGUGGUAAUGAAGUAAGAUUUGGAGCUUUGGCUUCAAUUCCUUGUGGAGCUUGUCCGCAGAUAAGCGAUUGCACCCCUGAUGGAGUUAUCUCCCCUCAGACAUGUGUUUACUACCAGAAAUGGUUGGAUUUCUAGGUCUUCUGAUCACUGUUGUUGAUCUCCAUAUAGGCUAUUAUUAUGUUGUAGAUGAAUCCUGAAACCCUGAUUUCAGCUUUCUUUCAAUGGAAAGUCCUUUUCCUCUUUUUGGUUCUUUCACUCCUUUGUAUAAGGUGAGGAGAGAUUCCCUCUUUUUUUUUUGUACUAAGUUUUGAUAUUUUACCGGUUCAGUGAGGCAAUCAAAUGGCGGCUGUUCCUUGAUCCUGCUGUUAGGUUUUUAGCUGCAAUGUCUGGAAUUCAGUGUUUAUGUUUGCCAGAGA